AGCGGUACAUGUUGAAUAAAUGGACAAAGGCCAGGGAGCGAGUUAGACUGACUGGGUGGACCGACUGUAAUGGGAAAUACUUUUUUUCUACCCUAUUUGAACUGAUACUUGGAACAAUGAAGCUGCCAGACAAUGAUAUCGAUAUAAUUAUGACCACAAGUGGAUGUAGAACCCAAGAUGGGUUCAAUGAAAUUGGAGAAAUAAGUGACCUGCACUUUGACGGGUACUGUGCAGUGGUGGGGAAUGUACCAGAUCUAUUUGUUAAAUACAAAGAUUGGUAUUUGGUGCUAGUGGAGGUAAAAAAGGAAGGAGAUAGAGAUGGGGUUUUACAAAACUACAGAGCAGUUUAUGGGCUAUGGAAGUAUGAAACACAAGAGAAAUGUGUGGGAGUUGUGUGUAAAGCUGGAACAACUUCUCUGCUCUUCCACCAACGGCAGAAGAAAAUAAAAAAUUUGUAAUAGGAGGAGGAAAGUAUAACUUGAAUCAGAAUGAAGGGUUGGUAAAAUUCUGUGAGAGGUUGUGUCAUUAUCUCAGACUGACCAUUAGUUCG